UUCUGGCUGCCCGUACAGUAGAGGGCGUCCAGAACGGCGAUGUCACUGAACCUUUUGGCUUAGUUUCUCGUCGUUACCAGCGCGGUAUUACCGGUUUUUAGAUAAUUUCACACUAUUCAGUGAUCUAAUGAGGUCCACGACUACUAUAUUUUGUGUCCUUUUAAGACGUUUUUGUUAGAUUUUUUGCACUGUAAACCCAGCUGUUCAGUAAUAGUGCAUCGUUGCUGUUUAUUUUCUGUCAAAGUGCCUUUACUCAGGAUGUCAAAUGUGGGUCACUUCAUGUACUUUGCUUUUGGAAGUAAUUUGCUGAAGGAGAGACUGCAGCUGAAGAAUCCGUCGGCGGUGUUUCACUGCUUAGGCCGACUGAAGGAUUACUGCCUUACCUUCGGCUUCACGGAAGAGCAGUUUGACAACAGGUGGCAUGGGGGAGUAGCCACUAUUGAAGAGAGCGAAGGGACUGACGUGUGGGGGGUGAUAUGGAAGAUGAGCAAAGACAACCUCGACAGUUUAGAUAAUUACGGACUCCUAUGGCUCAUGAGGUCUUGCGCCCCCUUGUGGAGGCAGGAGGCUGUCGACGUCGGCAUGUACAGCCCAUUGGAGGUGAUGGUGGAAACGGAUAGGGGGGCGAUCCUCUGUCGGACAUACAGGAUGAACAAGUUCAGAGCUUCCCCUCCGUCUCCACAGUACAAGGAGGUGGUGUGCCUGGGGGCCCAACAGAAUGGACUCCCCCCUGACUACAUCAAGAGACUGGAGGCAAUGCAGACCAACAACUACGCUGGGCCCUCCAUCUUAGAUGAAAUCAAAAAGGCAAUGAAGUGAAAACAGGAAGCAAAUGUGUCGCCGUGAUUGGUUAGGAUGGGUCUGAGCCAGCCAAUGGGGUGAGGGCGUCUGAGAAUCCAGUCGUCCGUUUGCUUUUCAGCUUCUUGUGACUGAACUGUAAAAAUAGGGCCACACAGAGACACUAGAAUCAUAUAGUACAAUCAUUAAUUCAGAAGGUACUUGGAUCACAUUUUUUGCAGAAAGCUUUCACAGGGGGCCAGAAGCCUUACAUCAUGAUUUUGUAUAAAAAUUUGCCAGUUUUAUGGUUAUCUGUAAAUCCCUUUUACAUGAGUAAUUUUUAUUGAAACGUAAAUAUGCCGUCCUAAUUUUUUUCAAAAAUCACAAAGAAGCUGGUCAAUCACAGACACUUCUCACUUCAUGACGAGUAUUUUAGUUUCACGAUGAUGUGACAGCGAUGCACGUUCCCGGAUGUGCGAUAUGCAUCCACGCAGACACGCUUCCAGUCUCUGUAGCGAUCGCAAGCACGAACAUCUCAUUUAACAACAUAUUGUACUGUGAUUUUUCUGUAUUUAACCAAAUUUACCAACCCUUAAUGUCUACUAAACACCCUAGUGUGUCAUCAUAUCAUAUUCAUAUUCGACGUAUAUUGUCAACUUACAAUCAGUUAAUCGGAAUGUAGCCCCAUGUUGAGGAACGCCUGUAUAUCAAAAACAAUGUAAUACUUACAAACAACAAUGCAAAUAGAUAUUUCUGACCAUUGUUUCGCAGACCUGAUAUCUGAAACUAAAGACAUUAACAACGCUUUAAAAAUUCAGAUUUGGUUCUGUUUUUCCACUGUCAUCCAUGUAACAGUGAUGUGAUCUGUAUUUCAAAGGAGACACAUUAAAGUCAUAACCUGUAUCGAUCAUAGAAUAGGAAGAAGGGUUCCAGAACUGAUCCUCUGCAACCUCUGAGUGGACUCCGAGUCCAAGGAAUUUCAUUACAGGUAAUGAUGUUCCAUUGUUAUCUGUAUAUGAGAAUAAACUUGAAACUAUUAUUAAAUCUUCCCAACAACAA